CACAGUUUUGCUGUCAUAAACACGUGAAAGUAUUUGUGCAUUUGUAGGUUAAAAUUAGCCAAAAAUUAUACUACAAUGAAGCCAAAACAGAAAAAAACACCGCAAAAGUUAUUAUCUGACAAAAUAGCAGACGCCCUUACGGUCAAACCACGUGCUGACAUAGAAGAUGAUCAAGUUUUUGGUACAAAACCUAAAACUGUUACGCGUGGUGAUUUCGGUUCUUCAGACAGCGAAGUCGAGGCAGCUAUCAGUGAUUUUCGUAAAAGGAACGUUGGCUUACUGAGCGAGUUUAGUAAAAAAUAUGAAGGGCAAGUUGUGUCACGAAAAGACCUUGAAGAAUCCGGUGACGACGACAGUAGUUUUGAUGAUGAAGAGUCGUAUCAAAAACCACCCCAGAAGAACAAACAAGAUGCUGCAAUAGAUUCUGACGCAUCAGAUUCGGAAAAUGAGUUAUCUAAGUCAAUGGCAAAUAAGUCGCAGGAAUCAGAUUUCGAUGAUUCUGAAUCAGAAGGUGAGAGUGAUGAUUACAGCAUUAUGCAGUUCAAGAAACAAUUGAAUGAUGAUUCCGAGGACGAGGAAGGUGGUAGUGACGCUGAGGAAGGCAGUGAUGAUGAUGAAGACGACGGUGAUGAAGGAGAAGGGUUUGACAUCAGUCAAAUGGAGGAACCAUUGAAAGAAGAAUUUGAACAUGUUAAAAAGCAAAACAUUACCGAAGAAGCUAAGAAGGGUAUUUGUGUCCGGAACCAGUUGUUGCUCUGGGAAAACUUGCUGGAGAUGAGGAUACACCUUCAGCGAUGUGUAAAUACUGCGAAUCAGAUGCCCAUGCCUGAUACCUAUAGUAAUUUAAAAGAAAUAAAAGAUUUUGCUGAGGAGACUAAUGCUACUAAAACAAAUAUAUCCAAUGUAUUGGACAAAUUAUUAUCUCUUCAGAAUUUACUACUUAGUAAAUAUCCAGAAACAAAGGCUAUUUGCAAUAAAAAACUCAGCAAGCAACAGCCAGAGACAAAACAAACAGCCAAUGAGGAUAGUGAUGAAGAAAUACCAAGUGACACAGAUAAUGAAGAAAUCCCAUCAGACACUGAUGCAGAAGAAGAAAAUGUCAAAGAAGUCCAAACACCUAAAAACAAAGCUAACAAAUCCGCACCAGUCAAGAAACGUAAACUUGAAGAUUACGAAUCAGAUAUUUCAAAUUCCCACAAAGCAUUCAAAACAUUUAGGGACACAUCAAUACAAAAAUGGAAUGACAAAACUCGUCUGGCAACAGCAACAAACAUUAAAAAUACACCAACAAAUACUGUCUUGCAACAGAUAUCUUACAUUCUUUCUGAUAGGGAAAAAUUGGUGAGACGCACACAGCUGAAACGAUCUGAGUACGACAUUGUAGGCUAUAAAAAGCCACUUCCAGAAGACGAAAACCAAAAUGGAAAUGAGACUGAAGUCAAUCCAGUAACAAGAGACCGUAAAGACAAUGAUGAAUACAUCCCAGAAAUUUUUGAUGAUAGUGAUUUUUACCAUCAGUUGCUUAGAGAGUUAAUUGAGUGUAAGUCUGCGGACAUUUCGGACCCUGUACAGUUGAGUCGUCAAUGGAUCGCGUUACAACAAAUGAGGAGUAAAAUGAAAAGAAAAGUAGACACAAAAGCAUCUAAAGGAAGAAAGAUAAAGUAUGUGGUUCAUAAUCAGCUGGUGAAUUUCAUGGCACCAGAGAAAUCAGUGUCUUGGACAGAUGAAAGUAAAAAUGAAUUGUACAGUUCACUCUUUGGUAAAUUAUUCGAGCAAAAUAAUAUAGGUCUCAAUGCAAAUGUAAAUGGUUUUAAGUUAAAAAAUUAAAUAAAU